CUAAACAAAAGCUAACCGACUUAGAUAAGGCUUUGCAAUAAGUACUCCUUAACACUUUUGCAGUAUAUCACCAUUACAAAUAUUGAAACUUAAAAUUGUAGGGCUUUACCCUGGGUAAGGAAGCCCUUGCAAAAAUUCUCAACGGCCAAGGCAAACCCAGGCCGAAGAGGGGGUUUGGAAAUAGUUUUCAACCAGCAAUAGACGCGCCUCGGUUAGAACCUCACUAGCUGCGUCAUUGCCCCAAGCGCAAAGAUGCCUUACCUCUGCUAUUGGCCUUGGCUUAUAUAGGCCUUGCUUCAUCCAUUUUCUUAUACAAUACCGAUAUGGGACGCUGGCAAUUUCUCAACAAAUUGUGACAUUCAGCACUAUUAAAUCGAAUCACUCCACGUUGAAAAGGAAGCCACAUAACUUCCCAAAGGUAAAUACCAAAUACUUCAAAGCCCAUUUGGAAACGGGAGAUUAUCGGCGACGGAGAUUGAUCGGAAGCUGCGAAAUUAGCGAAAAUGCCGAAGAAAAUGGGAGUGAACAGCAAAGCCGAAGAGGCUAGGUCUCGGAAGAGCGCCGUGGAAUCGGAACGCAAAGCGCGUGAAUCUCGAGAGAAAGAAGAACAGUACUGGCGCGAAGCCGAGGGAGCCAAGUCACGCGCCGCGAAGAAACGCGAAGAAGAAGCCGAGAAGCGCGCGGAGGCAGCUGCCAAAAAAGCCGAGGUGCGUCGGCUUGCCGAGCUGGAAGAGAAAGAGCUGGAGAAGUCAAUGAAGAAGCCGGAUAAGAAGGCUAACCGAGUCGCCAUCCCGGUGCCAAAGGUGACGGAGGCAGAAAUCCGGCGGAGGAAGGAGGAGGAGCAAGCGGCUUUAGCGAAGAAGGCGGAGGAGGAUAAGCGGAAGCAGAGUCGUAUGGCUGGGGAGGACGAGUAUGAAAAAUUAGUACUCGUGACAAAUACGAAUCGCGAUGAUUCCAUUGUAGAGGCUAGUACUGUGGAGGAUGCAAUUGCUCAUUUGGCUGUUACUGAUAAUUUGCCUGUUGAUAAACAUCCUGAGAAGAGACUCAAAGCAUCCUUUAAGGUUUUUGAGGAAGCCGAACUACGUAGGCUGAAGGAGGAGAAGCCAGGAUUGACACACACUCAAUACAAAGACUUGAUUUGGAAGCUAUGGAAGAAAUCUCCGGAUAAUCCUCUUAAUCAGAUUGCGGACAAACCAUAAGUUCUUUUCCUGUAUAGGGCUGGAGUGUCUGCUUGAGGAGUAUGUUGGUGGUAUGUCAUCUGACCUGGGUUGAUAAAGUGUUCUGGCAAAAGACAUUUGCAAUGCAUGAUUCUAUUUUGUUGAAGUGAUGACACUUCUUAAUUAAAUCACUUUAAUAAUGUCCCUUCUCCCCUGUAUUCAUAUUAA